AUGGACUUUCGAGGCUCACUCCGACGGGAGGCCUACGCGAAGCUCGCUCAGUUAUCGACCCAGCAGCCAGUCGAUCAAGAUGGGGGAAAUAUCCGUAGGCUGGUCGCAGAUCUUCCUGCAAAGACCUCUACUACGACUGGGCACCUCGAUGGAGUGCUGAAGACGAAAGCACCAGCUCCUCGUUCGCGCAUAGACGUGAGAGAACUCGACAUCCUUCUGGCCCUAUGUUCAGCCGCUGCCAACCUCGAGGACUACGACCAUGCUGAAAGAGCUGUCAGACAGUUGGGCACCUACCUCCCCGAAGCCCAUUCGCAAAUAUUCGAUCCCUCCCCUUUUUUGCAAGAUCUUCGUCCCUCGCCAUGGGUUGUCACUACUUACGCCCUUACCCAUGCUCUGCUAAGUCUGGGCAUCAAAUUUCCAGCCUUGAAGAAAAACGUUAGAGGUAAUAUUCAAGCAUAUGUCGCGAGUUGGUCUCGUGCUGCAGCUACACUGGCCUCCACGAUCACAGCUGAGGAUGACGAACAGACCAAUGAAGAGGAAGCUAUCGAGAUCGCCGCUAUCUGCGUUUCGCUGGUCGGCUUCCUUGAUGCUGCAGCUCAACAUGCUGAUUUCUGGAAUGCCUUUGAGCGACUGGAAUUGAUCAGAAAUAUCAGAACAGCUAUGUCCGAACAGGUCCUGGUUGCUAUCGAGAAAGCUGUCUCGACUAUCAGGCACACUGACUGGGACGAUCCUUUGACAAGGGAGUGGAAGAAGUCCUUGAAGCACUAUGCUGUACGCGGCUCACCCUUAGGUGCCAUGCAUGUACAACAGGCCUUCCUGAAGUUCGUCGUCAACUGCAGUGCCCACUUCGUCGCUGCUCAGCACCCAAGGCAGUCGAAUGGCCUGCUGGAUAGUUAUGUCAACGGCACCCAUUCAGGGAAGGUUCAGAAUGAAAACAUCGACGACGACUUGAUAGAGUACGUGGUCGACUUGAUUACAGACCAGAUGAACGUCCUUGAGGAAGGCUCAGACUAUCUUCAGCUUAGCUCUGCAUGGCAGAAACGUCUCGCCUUUCAAGUCAAAGCCUACGCUAUCGAAGCCUUCGUGCAUUGUAUGGUACUUGACGAUGAUCUCGCCGACCCAGAAACUCUGCUUGCCUGGCUAGAAGAUGCUAUCGAGAGCCAACCACAGAUGACCGAUCCAUUACUGUCGAAGACCGUCUUUCAAAGCUUGGCAGUGACCGCUCGGCAUUUACCCGAUGCUACUUCGAAUGUGGCGCGCAUGCUGUUGAAGUUCAUUGUUCAAGGAACUUCCCAGAUCGAAGCCGUCACAUUAGCCGCACAAAGUCUAGCACAUAUACUUCGCCUCAUAUCUACCGACGCUAUUAUCACAACUCUAUACUCACUGGGAAAUGUGUUAAGUUCGCAGAGUGGAGCUGAGAAACAGCAUCAUUCAUUUUCACCUCUAGGCAUCAACGGCCACCACAGUUCUGUAGCGUCCGAUGCCCAAGGCCCAACUGGCAGUGUAAUCUCCCUCUCCAUGAGUGGUGAUGAGGAAACUUCGAUAAUUUGUGGCAACGUGGCUCGAGCCAUUGUCACUAUUGCUACAACUUGCAACGAGCACAAGAUAGUGGCUCUGGCUCAGAUGCUCUUGACUCAAAAGAUCAGCAGGAUCAACUUGCUCGUAGACGCACAUAUUGUUCAGAAUACUGCUGUCCUUGCUACUCACGGCAAAGAGAUCGAGCUCAAAUCGCUGCUCCGACUUUACUCCAAAAUGCACGAGGAAGCUGUUCACCAGAGGAAUGCUGUGAUCUUUGAGGCUGUUCGAUCGGCGAGAGAGUAUCUGGCCACUCAUCUGGACGUCAAUUCAUCACUAUUUAGAGUUCUGGCCGUUUCCCUACUUGAACGCAUCCUCAGCAAGGGCGAUGUGGUGGAAGGAGAGUUCAAGCACUCAGCCGAAGUCGAGCAGGCUGCCCAGGAAAUAGCUCCAUUACUCAAACCACUGGCUAUCCUAGCUUCACGCAGACCAAUUACGGUCCUGGAUGGUAGUGUUGAAGACCGUUCUGAGAUCGAAACUUUAGCACGAGAAGCCUGGUUCAACAUAGCCGUGCACGGUGUCACGCUCCAGUCGCUGAUCGGUCAACAAUAUUACCAUGAGCUCCGAUUACUGGCAAUGCAUUCAACUCCGCUUGUCGAUGAAGAGAGGGCUGCUCUUCUGGAAUCAGAUGUUGAGCUCAAUACGGUACUGAGGCGUGGGAUGAGCUCGCAACAUAUUGCAGAGCAACGACGUCACCUUACAAGCAUUAUUCCCGACCAUGAAUCACGAGUUCGGCAUUUGAGCUAUCAAAAGGUUGUUUACCUGAAUGCGGUCUAUCUUGUUGAGUCGCUACGAGCUGCAUCUGGAAGUUGUGCUGAAAUGUGCGAUUAUCUUGCUGACCCAUCGCUCAAAGACAGCGACAUGGGCGCCUGCUUGAGUGCUAUCGCAGCCGAAGUUGUUAAAGGCUAUAUUCAGAAGGCGCGGCCUGCUAAGGACGACGAUUAUGGCGGCCCCUAUAUUGCCAAACAGCUUGUGCGAAUCUUUAGUGCAUGCUGUAAUCGCAGUGCUAAGAUGCAGGAGGUUGCGAGAUUGACCGCUGACUACAUCGUAACCUUCGCUCCAUCUGCGUUGAUGCAAAAAUCGUCCAUAUUCGCCCUACUUGAGCUCUUAUCCAUCAUGUGGUCUAGCUGUCUUGAGUCUGAGAUCGAGGAAUAUGAAUGGAAACCCGUCUUCUCAUCUCAACGUGGAAAGGUGACUGUGGAAUUGAGUGACGACUAUGCAUUUCGCAAGCGAACGCUUGAUGGCUUGCUUGUCUCUGCACGGAAGUGGAUGACAAGUGCCAUUGCUAUUGCUCCUCUUGACGUGAAAGGGCUCCUCCAGACAUAUCUAUCGGAAUAUGACGAUACUGGUGCUUACGGUCACGUUUCCCUAGGGCGCUCGUUUGCCAUUGAAAUGGGGUCCUUAAUUCCUUCGACUGAUCAAAGACUUGCUGCGAUCGAACAACAGGCUCAAGAAACCGAAGUGAACGUGGCAUCUGACUUUGUGGCUCAAUACACGACACGACAGGAGUACAGAUUCGGCGGUCUGGCUGGCGAUGGCCAACACAUCAUGCCAGCAAAUACAACCAAACUGACCGGUCCUCUUACUGAUGGUAUCCAGACCUCGGAAGAUAUCGUAGAUGAAGCUCAGGCAACCCUUGCCGAGAUCGAACACAAGACGAGCUUACACUCUAUGAUACCUUUACAGGAUUUGAAAGGUGUGCUGCGCAGGGCCGCUGCGUUACUUUGUCGAAGUAAGACAUCACAGACCGCGAUUGUGCAAUACUUGGUCACCAUUCCGUUUGAAGUCUUCACGAAAGAGUCCAUUAAGAUGGGAAUCUCCCUGUGGCUUGGUGUAAUACAUGAGAACACCAGGAUGGAGCCUCGAAUAUUGACAGAAAUUGCCCAGGCAUGGGAGAACACUAUCGACCACCGAAUUGGUAUCUUCAGUCCCUCUUUUCGCAAUCCAGAUCCUUUCUAUGUCAAAGAAGAGUUUGCUCCCUCUGAUCGAGCGACUCUGCUCAAGCACGCUCAGAAAGCUCAAAAUACCAUAUCCCCACAUUUGCGAUUACUUCAAUUUUUCGAAAGUCAUUUUAACGCCAUUCGUUUAGGCAGUCCUCACACACAAAGGACAUUUGUUAGAAUGAUCAUGAAAACCCUUAAAGGUAUGGAGCAGUUAAAAGGUCAUCCUCUACUCCGUGAGAUACACUUCCAUACUGUUCUCUUUGGGUUCAGAAUCCUGCAGUACAGCACUUGUCUUAAUAAGAACACGAUGUGGCGCCUGAAGGACAGAAUACUUUCGACUGCACUAUCUUGGUUUCGUCAUCCACCGGCAUGGUCCUUCGGUGGCAACCGCCUGCAAGUCAAAGCCGAGGUCAAAGUCAUGCAAGAUGUUCUUGUCAUGCUGGCCUCUACUAAACCUGUGGGUUCACUUGGUCCUUCAAGAAAGAACAGCAAUGAACAGAAACAGGCACUACUUGAAGCCCUGCUUCAUGUUGAAAUUGGCCGGCUCGAGGUAUGGCUUAGUCCGCUUGGCACGACGACGUUGGACACAAGUGCUCACGCAACCGUUGCUGCGCUUGCUCGUGUGGCCUGGGCAGAAAGUCCAAGUCUUGCAAUUCAGCUUGUCAAAAGGUUUCCUUCUGAGCAACUAAGCCGAGAUGUUCGCUUCCUGCUAUGCAACUUUCCGGAUAAGGCAAUUCAAGAUCCAGCUGCUGUCGAUCUCCUAUUGGGAGACGUUCUUCCAUCGGAUUUAUCGUUCCAGCUGAAGUACCUACUCAUCUGGGCACCAGUAAAUCCAGUUCAAGCUGCGACCUAUUUUACACCUGGUUAUGGUAAUCAUCCUUUCGUAUUGCAAUAUUGUGUACGCGCACUCGACUACCAUUCAUUGGAUAUCACCUUCUUCUAUGUGCCACAGAUUGUACAAGCACUACGUUAUGAUGCUCUGGGUUAUGUUGAGCGAUUCAUUGUCGAGGCUGGCAAAUUCUCACAGCUUUUUGCACAUCAAAUCAUCUGGAAUAUGAGAGCAAACUCGUACAAGGAUGACGAUGCAACGAUUGAGGAUCCCUUGAAGCCAACAUUGGACAGAGUGACCGAAAGAUUGAUUGCUAGCUUUACUGGGGCGGAUAAGGAAUUCUUUGAGAGAGAAUUCUCCUUCUUCAGCGAAGUGACAGAUAUUUCUGGCAAGUUGAAACCAUUCAUCAAAAAGUCUAAGCCUGAGAAGAAGGCCAAGAUCGAGGAAGAAUUGCGGAAAAUUAAGGUUGAGGUCGGAGUAUAUCUGCCCAGUAACCCUGACGGUGUUGUUAUUGGCAUUGAUCGAAAGUCGGGCAAACCAUUGCAGUCCCACGCCAAAGCACCAUACAUGGCAACAUUCCGCAUCAAGAAAACAAGAAGCGUCGAUACCGAACAGCAGGUUGCGCAAAUAACACGACCUAAACAUGCACGUCACAAAUCCAAAGCAUCCACUGUUGUGACCACAGCCUCAGAUGACCCAAACAGCUAUGAAGUGUGGCAGAGCGCCAUCUUCAAGGUUGGCGACGACUGUCGACAGGAUGUACUAGCAUUGCAGCUGAUCGCAGCAUUUCGUGGUAUCUUCAACUCGGUUGGCCUGGAUGUUUAUGUUUAUCCAUACCGAGUCACUGCGACAGCUCCAGGUUGUGGUGUCAUUGAUGUCCUGCCAAACUCAAUCAGCCGAGACAUGCUUGGGCGAGAGAAUGUGAAUGGCUUGCACGAAUACUUUAUUACUAAGUACGGUGGUGAGCAUUCAGUACGCUAUCAAGAAGCAAGAUCAGAGUUCGUGAAGAGUAUGGCAGCAUAUUCUGUUAUCAGCUAUUUGAUGCAGUUCAAGGACCGACAUAAUGGUAACAUCAUGAUUGACGACAAGGGCCACAUACUUCACAUUGACUUCGGUUUCCUGUUUGACAUAUCUCCAGGUGGUGUUCGAUUCGAGCGAGCACCUUUCAAAUUGACACCAGAAAUGCUAGCGGUUAUGGGUGGCGACAAUCCGCAUACCUCACAAGCCUACAGAUGGUUCGAAGAGCUUACUGUGAAGGCAUUCCUGUGCUCUCGCCAAUAUUGCAGCAAGUUGCUCCACUUGGUCAGUCUGAUGCUCGACUCUGGUCUACCUUGCUUCAAACCACAAACGAUGAAGAACAUGCGAGACAGGUUCAGACUUGAUCUGAAUGAGAGGGAAGCUGCUGAGUUUAUGGUCGGCUGUGUGAAGAAGAGUGCCGCCAAUUUCUCGACCAAGGUUUAUGAUGAGUUUCAACUUUUGACAAAUGGUAUACCCUAUUAG